AUGAAGUACAACGGAUGGCGAAAAUACCUAGUGGCUCUUUGGGCCACAAUAGAGACAUUUUUGUUUGCUGGGCUACUAUAUGGAUGGGCUCCAUUGGUAUGGAUUUUUAAACAGGAAGACGUAUAUGCCAAUUUAUGCCAAAUGAGCAGUAAUAUCUCCGUUUCCUACAACAAUGUGUCAGCGAGUGAACAAAGCACGUAUAAUGUCAUGACAAUGAGGAGCAGCAGCGUGCCGACCACAGAGGCGGGCGUAGAACAGGACUUCACAUGUCAACAACAGGAUGAUAAGUUUGCAUUGGUUUUCACUAUAGGAUCAGCUAUAUUCUGUGCUAGUUCAGCAGCAUGCGGAAUUAUCGUGUACAAGACAGGCACAAGAGUGACUCGUAUUAUCUCAAUGACAUUUUUUAUAUGUGGAACGAUGAUGCUUGCUUUCGUUGACAAAGAGACACCGUGGCUUGUUUUUCCGGGACUUACAAUCAUGGGUGUUGGUGGCUUACCUCUCCUGAUGACGAAUGCACAGAUCUCCAACCUAUUUGUAAGUGGGCGUUCUACCUUCAUCGGUCUGCUGGUUGGAGCCUAUGAUGCAUCAGCUGCGGUGUUACUUAUCUUUAAGUUUGCUUAUGAAGAGGGACUACAAAGUCAGUAUUCCUUCGUUAUUUUGGCAGCUCUGCAUAUGAUAGUCCCAAUAAGUACAUUCGUUUUCUUACCUAAAGAUCGCAUUAGUAAUUCAGAAAAACCGGUAAAGGAGGAAGGAACCAUGGAAACAUUCAUUCCAGAAAAAAUAAAUGGCAAAGAAGGAGAUUCUCCUGUACAUGUGCACACUAACACCCCGCUUAAAAGUAAUUCGGAAGACAAGCCUGAAAGACGCCAUCCGUCUCUGAAAAGUUGUGUAUUGUCAGAUACUUUUAUACUUCAUGUAUUUUGGGUCUGCAUACUUCAACUGCGUUUCUACUAUUUCCUUGGCUCUCUGAAUAGUUAUCUACACAGGAUCACCGACAACAAUAAGCUAUUAGUGAGUGAAUUCACUAAUACCAUGAUGUACACAAUGGUGGGUGGCGCCGUAUUCUCACCCUUCGCUGGUGUUGUAUAUGACUGGCAACGAAAGAUAUUUCGCAAGAAACAAUCAGAUCUUCAGAGUAAGUUGAUGCCUGCCGUUCUGCCCAUGAGCGUUGCCAGUGGUCUCGGUUUCUUGUUGUCUGUGUUGGCCCUCCUGCCUAGUCUAAAUAUUCUGUACGUCGAUUUCAUCGUUAUGACGUUCCUGCGAUCUUUCCUGUACAGUACCGCAACUACUUUCUUAACCGUCGUGUUUCCAAGCGAAUAUUUUGAAAUGUUAUAUGGACUAAUGAUUAUAUCGGCGGGAAUAUUUGGCUGUCUACAGUUUGCCUUAUUUACCUGGUCGAUGAGUUAUCUAGGAGCAGUUCUUCAUUCGGACGUGUUCUGUAUAUGUCUAACGGCAGUGUCGUUGAUACAUCCUAUAUACCUCUGGGUAAAAUGUCGACGGGAGGCCAACUUCAGCAUGGAAAAACAUUGAUCGUGAUAAUAUGAAGACUUUCUGUUUAUGUCUGAUCAAAUUUUAAGGAAUUAAAAUUGUUCUGUGUUCGUGAUAACACUGAUAUCGCUAAAAUAAUAACUGUAAAGGUUGUUUUUAAUUGCAAUUUUUCUCGAAAAUUUGAAGCAAAAAUGAUGAAAUAGACUCUGCAAUGUAUUUGUUUUUCUCGGAUUUAUUCCAUCUUUGAGAACAGUGAAAAUAAAACUCAUCAAAAAACAACCAGUGCAGUAAUUAUAUUGUCACUGUUUUGUUACUGUCAUUUUAUUGUUAUAAUAAUUUGUGUUUUUUUAUUGAAGAAUUGGACAAGACUUCGUCUCUGAGUAAAAGUUUCUA